AUGACGGAAAUGGAUGAUGAAUGGGUCGAGGUCCCCGCCAUCCACGGCCUGAUAGCGCGGACCAGAUUUGAAGAAAGGCUGAAAGGGACCAAAAGAGUCACUCUUCGCCACAUGAUUUCAACCACCACGACUUCGUCGACAACAUCGCCAUCUUCACUACUCCUGCAGUCGUUUGCAGCUGCUCCCGCGAUGUUCCAAGCAGGAGAAUGUUUUCUUGAGGACCCCGUCAUCCUGCUCGACACACUGCUGUCGAGCCACGGUUUCAACACCAUCCGCUACUUCUCCAACAACGACUUACAUCUUCAAACUACCCUGUACGGCUUACGCAACCAGAACGCGCGACCUUCGGUGGACGUUGGGAGAGAGCCAUCCCCCGACGUUUCGUUGCCACAAAACAUUCGGUUUUCGUUUCGGGCAAAAGCAGGUAAAGAUGAACUGCAAGCCAUACCUAACCCUCAUGCAAUACUCGAAGCCAACGCCGCUCAAGCAUGUAGACUACAGGACGCAAAUCUCAAUUCGGUGGUUAGACUACACAGUACAUUUGUGAACAGAAGUCACCCCGACCGAAUCCAAGCUGAGGACUCACGAGUUGUCUGGCAAAACUACGGCAUAUCCCUUUAG